AGCGCAACUACGAUUGUUUCUUUGACGAAUGCGUGAUGCUUUCAAUGUAAAUUUUUUAGUGAAAUAAAAUGUAAUCUAUUAAAGGACAACCAUAAUGGGGCGAUCAAAAUUUCCAGGGAAACCCUCGAAACACACGAACAGAAAGAGGGUGAACGUUUUAACGCCCACGGAGGACUCAACAGCAAAUGUUGAUAGUCCGCAGGAAUUGACAGUUGAAAAUGUUGUUGAAAACAAUAAGGAAGAAGAACAGGCUAAAAAUCCCAGUGAAAGUUCUGUCAAUGACAAUGUUAUAAAGACAAAAGUUUCAAUAAAAAGAAGACUGAAUCGCAAAAUGCAGAAUAGUUUGCGCAACAAGAAUGCCUCGAAAAGAAAUCUAUUGUCGAAAAUCAACGCAAAGACAAAAUUCAACAGCAAAACAAAACUGACACGUAGGUUUCAGUCGACAUCAACCUCCAGCCAAGUGGGUAAGUUUAUUCUACCUACACGUAGUGUGCAUUCGUCGCGUGUAAUUAAACCGAACAAACGAUUCAUUGACCUCAAUGAAUCCCUAACGUUAAAAAAGAAAAACAAUGACAAAGAGGAGAAGGAAGAAAGCACAGAACCAAAAACAUUAUCAUCAAAUGGACGUGUUGUGUUGCGGCAAGCACGCCUAAAGUUACACACUCAGAGCCCCGUAGGUCAAGAAGGCCCCUUUUCAACAAACUUAAACCUAAACAGUGGCAAUCCACCAGGUACAGUGACGUGUGGUGUAUGUGGUGCAGUGAGGUUCUACAGGUUUGUAAAACAAGCCCGUAAGUUUAACAUCUUCAGCUGUGAGUCAUGCCGGAAGUUCAUCUCAAAGAUGAUCAAACGUUCGAGCUGUGGAAAAGGUAUAAGCACUCCCCUAGUUUGCCUUAAAGGUCAGGGAACGUGCCACGUGCCUCCAAUUGUAAGAAGCCAGCAGUGGAAGUUAAUAAGAUGUGCAUAUAAAGCACGGUGUCCUGCUUGUUGGCUGAAAUUGUGCCUUCGAUCAUUUGAAAUCCCUAUCAACUUAAAACAUGGUUUAUCACAACUACUUCCUCAGAACAUGAAGGGGCCGGACAUCAUAUUCAACAACACACUCCCUUUAAUAUGGCAAACAAAACCUGAAACAAUACCUCAACGAGAUUUACGUAACCGAGACCCCAACAGCAACAAAGUCCAAACACCCGCUCCACCGCAACCGAAUAAUACAGCAACCGACAUUAAAAGGCAAAAAAUCGACCUUAAAGGCCCGCGUGUCAAACACGUUUGCAGAUCCGCCUCCAUCGUCCUCGGACAACCAAUCGCAAUCUUCGGCAACGAAGAAAAAGAAAAAGCCAAAACUCCAGAACCAAUCGCAACAGAAGUCAAAAUUGAAGUUAAACCGGCACUACCAGCCCCACCCGUUGUCGAAAAAGUCACCAGUGAAGUCAAAACUACAAGCAAAUGCGACUCAAACUCAAGUGAAACCGAAUCUUCCGAUAGCGACAAAAUCUCAAAAAUACAGCUAUACAUCAACGAAGUUUCCAAUUUAAGGAGGGAAAGGAUACACAAAAAUAACUCUAAUGAGGCAAAAUCAAUGUUGGAGAGGAAAGCCCAAUCGGACAUCCAAAACGGUAUUUCGAUAGAUUUUUGGGAGGGAUACGACCCCGAGGAAAUCUGUCAAAAUGGUUACUGUUUAAUAUCGUCGGAACAGUUCCCUAUGUCGUCGAUAUGUUUUUUAUGUGGAAGUGGGGGCAGAGACUAUUUGAUUUAUUGCUCGCUUUGCUGCGAAUCCUACCACUCUUUUUGCCUUGAACAAGGUUCCCACAAUAUACGACAAACAUCGUGGCUAUGCCCGAAAUGCACUCUUUGUACAGAGUGCAAUCAAAAUGACAGGCAAAAAGUUAACUGCCAAAAAUGCAUGAAGGCCUACCAUCCCGAAUGUUUCAACAAGAAAUGGAACAGUGUCGAUCAACCAACGGUUUGUUCAAAGUGCAUGCACUGCAAGAGCUGCGGAUCGGAAAACAUCACAAAAUUCGUCGGAAAUCUGCCCCUGUGCAUCACAUGCUUCAAGCUGCGCAAAGAAGGCAAAUUCUGCCCGAUGUGUCAGCACUGCUACGACGAGAACGAAUGCUGCGCGAAGAUGAUGGAGUGCGCGAAAUGCAACAAAUGGGUGCAUUCGCAGUGCGAGAAAUUGACCGAAGAACAAUAUCAGAUUCUAGCAAUAUUGCCUGAGAGUAUCGAGUAUGUAUGCGCGUUGUGUUCGAGUAAUAAAGAAUGUUGGAGGAAGGCUAUUGAUUGCGAGUUGAAGGCGAGUUUUAAUCACGUGAUUAGGUUGCUGAGCAAGAAUAAAAUGGCGCGCACCACUUUGAAGUGGAGUCCGUUGAAUAACCAUACGCCCCUGCAAAAAUCUAUAACGAAUGUUAGGCGUUUGCAGUUUGAUAAUAAUGAUGCUGAUUUGGAUAAUAAUAAUUGCAAUAAGAGUAUUAUGGAUAUCAAUAAGAUAUACUCGUUCGAGGAGAACGAGUUGCAAAUGAAGGCUGAAUCGGAGAUGAAUAACAAAGUAACACCGACUUUAUCCAUGGUUCAUAUUAAGAACAAACUAAACUCGAAUGAGUAUUGUUCUGUAAGGGAGUUCAAUGAGGACAUGCAAGAAGCCCUGGAGAACACCCACUCAGAGGAGUUAAAGAAAAUAUAUCAAAACAUAUUCCACACGAUUUUUCCCUGGCAUGACCUCGGCAAAAUUGACGAAGACAUCGUCAAAAAAGAGAGCAUAACCACAGAUGAAUCUCAUCAAUCCGUGAAUGACGAAAAUCAUACUCAAGUCGAUUUUGACGCCUUAGAUACACGGAUGUGCUCUUUCUGCAAAGUCACGGGAGAUGGUUAUAGUUUUGAGGAAUCCCGCCUGUUAUAUUGCGGAGAAAACGAAUGGGUCCACGCGAAUUGCGCGCUAUGGUCUUCUGAAGUUUAUGAAGAAAUCGACGGCUCGCUGCAAAACGUACAGAAAGCUUUAAAUCGUGGUCGAUCGAUUCGUUGCUCAACUUGCAAGCAAAAAGGCGCCAGCGUUGGUUGUUGCUAUAAAGGUUGCUAUGAAACCUAUCACUUUAAAUGCGCGCAAACCACCACCAAGUGUCAGUUUAUGCACGAUAAGACGGUUUACUGCGCGAGCCACGAGUUGCCGAAAAAUAGCAACCCGUUAACAACACCCAAAGACUUUGAUAUAUACCGCUCUGUGUUUGUGGAGUUGGAUAAAAAGAAACGCAAGACGUGCGAUAUAGAUAAGGUUACGUUCAUGGUGGGUUCAUUGUGCGUCAAGAAUCUAGGCAAGAUUAACCCUUUGGUGUCGGAUCACCCCGACGCUAUUAUACCAAUGGGUUUUGUCUGCACGCGCCUCUAUUGGUCAACUGUAGAUCCAUGGAAGUUGGUACCGUACAUUAUAACAACAUCGACGUUUUCAUCGCAUUGCGUUACUGGUCGACUAGUCGACAAAAAUUUCACUGUGGACCAUGGCCUAUCCAAGCCCAUCGUGGAAAAAAUGAUAAAAGAGUUGGCAUUAUGGCAAAAAGAUGUCGACAAGAAGAAAUCAGACAUCCUCGACUAUGAGGACGAUGAAGAACCACAGAACGGAGCUGACUUGUUAUCCCCCGAACUCACCAACGCCAUUCUAGAAGAACUGCCACACGAUCUUCUAGAUGGCAUAUCAGUGCAGGAUAUUUUUCCGGCAUCGCUGGCUUUCACAAUGGACAACAAGCUCGACGAAGAACUGGAUAUGGAUAUGAAAGGUAACAGAGAGUUACGGAGGAGCAAUAGCGAAAUAAUCCCCCAAAUUAAAUCUCGAAGUCAGCAGAGAUCGUGCAGCUUAACCUUAAGCUGCAAGUUGGAUAGCUCUCUAACGCCAGCGAUUAAGAAACGAAAAACCCGCGAGACAAACAUAUUCUUCCAGCUAUUACAAGUCGACGGUAAUUGUGAUGACAGCAGCGAUUGCGAGUCCACAACGGGCCCCAGUGUAGACCCCUGGGGUAACCUGUUAUCCGAAGAACCCGUUACCUGCGAGAAGUGCCAGUGCACGUAUAGAACCCAAGCGAGUUAUAAAAGACAUUUGGACACGUGCGAGGUGCUUUGUACGAGUGAAAGUGAUUCGGAAAUGGAUAAUAAUUCAGCGGAAUUAAUGGAAGAACCAUCCAUGGUGUUAACCUCAUACGAAUCGUACCAAAACGAAAUCCAUACCUCCGUACUAAAUACUCAAACAUUUGUUACAUCGAAAUCUACGGAGCUGAUAUCAAUGCCGCAAACUCAAGAUAUUCUAAAACCCAUGAUACAAACAGUACCAGUGAAUACUGUCGCGCCCAUGACCUUAAACCAAGUAAGCGAGACCAAUCAGUACACCAUAAAUCAUCCCACGAUUACCAUAAGUGAUAACAUGCCGUCUCAACCUGCUCAGUAUUGCGUCAACCCAACGGUGCCUCUGUGUGUUAAUCAACCCAUACAAAUACAACCCAAUCAGUUUAAUCAAACCAUAUCUAUCAACCAACAGGGCUCCAUUCAGAUCAACCAGCCUCAAACCAUUGACUAUCAUCAGCCGCAACAAGUCACCAUACAGUCUGUGCCGUUUGGGAAUAAUAUACUCAGUGUAUCGCCGCAGAAUCAGUUCACUCUCAACGGCAAAAUCAUCAACCCUUUGACAAUGCAAACUGUCAACGUGCCGCAGCAGUGGGUGAAGCCUGUAUCGAAACCUACAGUAAUAGCACAGAAAACGCUUAAAUCGAGAGCCAGAUCAAGAACUAUAGCGGCAAAACGGCCGCACUAUGAGGAAACCGAUACGAUAAUGUUACCUCAGAACCCCUCGAAUAACCAAGUCAUAGUACAACACUUACCGUCCACAAAUUUUGUCCCGUUCGUCGAUGCUUUCCAUCAGCAACAAACCGGUCAAAACGUACAAUACGUCACUACCAUCCCGCAAACGCAAUCCUUAGUACAGCUACAACCAGACAACAACCUGAUAAGCAUAGUGCCCGGCCUGCAACCUACAAUGAUAAUACAACAACCACGCGUACUAGAAAACCAAUUGGUUAUAGACAGCAACGGAUCCUUGGGGUGGGCACCACAACCCGUCUACUACGGUUUCGAGACCAUAGUACAGAACACGGUAAUGCAAUCGCAACAAUUCCUCCCAACAACAGUACCAGGCGUACUCACAGCCAACAGUAGCUACUCGACAACAACACAAGUGUUCCAAACCAGCAAGUUAGAGCCAGUAUUGGACGUAUCAUCCAACAGCUUCGUACUGAUGAAUCCAGGUCAGCUAGUGAACUCUCAACCAAUCGAAGUGCAGCAAUACUCGCAGUCGCAACCAAUCAACACGGUGGUUAGCAACAUAUUACCGCCGCAGCAACAAAUCGUCAAAUACUCCAACACAUCACAGAAACCCUCGACAGUUACGACAUCUGCCACUCACAGCAUCACUCUACCAACGGCGCCGUUUGUACCAGAACAAGGUAUCCCGACAAAUAUAGUCAUACCGACGCCGAAAGCCCCAAGCACUCAGCAAAGCAGGCCAAUGAGUCGCGUACUUCCAAUGCCUACAAACAACAAAAAAGAACACAAAAAAUUGAUUGUUGAAGAAGCUAAAAAGCAGUUCAUAGAAGAAGUCAAAAAACCCAUUAAGUUUGAGGAAGCUAAAAAGCCUGCACCAGUCAAAAUAGAGCGAUAUGAAGAGCCCAAGAAACAAAUGUUGGUCAAGUUGGAUGAACAUAAGAAAACAACCAGCUUUUCAGUUAUUGAGGAAGUCAAGAAGAUGGCCCAAAUACUGGAUAUGCCAAAAGUAUUCGAUACGUUAAUAGAAACGAGCAAGAUAAUUGAACCACCAGUAAUUGCAAAGCCUGUAAUAAUACAACCCAAAGUAGUAGUAGAGCCUCCAAAACCGUUAACUGUACAUACAGUACAAAAACCUUUAACUAUGCAUACAGUACCAAAACCAAUAGCCAUUCAACCUGCUAAAGAAGUUUACAUUGAACCAAUUCUGCCAGAGAUAAAACCUAUUGUGGAACAAAUCCCUGCUGCUAAAAAAUCCAUAGAACCCAUAGAAAAACUAGAUGAUCCUAAAUCAGAAAAAUCCUUAAAGCUAGUUUUCCAAAAGCAAGCCCAGGAUGGCACUUACAAGGUCAGCAAUUUAAAACCACCCGUACAAGUGGCACCCUUAAAACCCAUCAAAAACACCUUUAGCAAAGUGCUGGCUCAUAGAAAUGAGGAAAAAGAAGACCAACCUCCUGUCAAGCCCUCAAAUGGUCCAAAGAAGGAGAACGAAAAUUCCGCGGUAGUUUACACAAUUGAAACCAAAGACGGUUUCAAAUAUUCCUCGACCUCCGUCGCUGAUUUGUGGGACAAAGUUAUAGAGGCGGUACAGGCGGCUAGAGCGGCACACAACAUGCCUCCAUUACCCACAAGCACCAGCUCCAACAUGGGCAGCAUUCAAGCUUUCGGCUUGAAAACCAGCGGUUUAAAAUACCUGAUUGAACAACUACCGGGCGCUACUAAAUGCCCGAAAUAUAAACCGACGUUCAGUUUUCCGCCACAUCAGAAGGAGCUGGAGGAUGACUAUCUAACUGGAAAUACUUUUGGGGCUAUACGGUGCGGACCAACAGACAAAAAGCUGAAGGAGCCGUAUGAUAUGUUUGGGUGGCUGUCCUCAAAACACAGGAGACCUGAAGAGGCCUCCAUGGAGGGAAUGGAAAUAUUAACGAGGCGUGGGUCCGUAACGAACCUGCCAAUGGCUAUGAGAUUCAGGCAAUUAAAGCUCACCUCAAAAUACUCAGUUGGCGUGUAUAGGUCGAGUAUACACGGAAGAGGGCUUUUCUGCCUCAGAGAUAUAGAAGCUGGAGAAAUGGUUAUAGAAUAUGCUGGAGAGGUCAUAAGGUCGAUUUUGACGGACAAGAGGGAAAAGUACUAUAACUCGAAAGGCAUAGGGUGUUAUAUGUUCAGAGUUGAUGAUAACUUUGUUGUGGAUGCCACCAUGAAAGGCAACGCUGCCAGGUUUAUCAACCAUUCUUGUGAUCCUAAUUGCUACUCAAAGGUGGUGGAAAUUCUGGGUCACAAGCAUAUAAUAAUAUUCGCUUUGAGACGAAUAAUCAGCGGAGAAGAGUUGACGUACGAUUACAAGUUUCCAUUUGAAGAAGACAAGAUUCCAUGUACUUGCGGGUCGCGUAGAUGCCGCAAAUUCCUCAACUGAUAUUUAGUGUGAAUAUUUUUUCUUUUUUUUUACAUUAUAUCAUUUAUAUAUGGUUCCUUUACACGCCUAGUAUUAUAUGUUGCUUGAACGCAAUUCAAUCGAACUGUUUGUUCCUUAUUAAUCAUUUUGCUCCAUAUACUUUUGAUGUUUUGUAAUUUACAUCCGACUGCGCUUUUUCGAGCCGUACCAUUUGUUUUAUAAUUAUUGAGCGUGGCCGGGUGGAAUUUUUUUACUGAUAUUCAGUGUUAUUUUUUUAAAUCUUUGCCUCUCAAUUUUGGCGCUGGCGCCGACCGCCAUCUUGGAUAUUUUUGACGUUCAAAAUGUCAGUGCCAUUUCGUUUACCUUGUGUCAUAUUCCAUAUUUUUAAAAUAUUCAGUUUAGGGGGUGUUUCUUGUAAUUCCUCCACUACUUUUAUGUUGGUUCAAGAUGGUGGAUUUCAGAAAAAUAUGUUGAUUUAAUUGAUUUCACUAAAAUUCACUCAGUUUGUAAAUUGUAAAUUUCUGUAUAUUUAGUGUAUAUAUAACUCAUAUGUAUGUAAUUUUCUUCCCAUGUAGCACCUAUGUGGCCAUAAUAUAAAGUUUAACAUUCUUAAAAUACGAUAUUUUUUUGUAAGUCAGUAUUUAAAAAAAAAUUGUUUGUAUGAAAAAUUUGGCUGUGAGGUUUAAUGCAUUUUGUGCCAUUGGCCGCAUAGGUGCUAUAGCUCUAAAAUUCCUUAAAUAAAUAUGUAUCACAUAUUUAUUCUGGGAAAUCAUGAAAAAUUUAAAAGUAAAAUUGCCAUGUGAUAUGUUGCAUAGUUUUUUGCAAGAAAAUUCAUUUAAUUUGUUUGUUAUUGGAAACGAACCUAUUUAAAAAAAGAUCUAACAUAAAAUUUUGUACAUAAGUUUUUACCAAAUGAUUUUCAUUUUAGAAUGCUUCUAAAUAUUAUAUUAAACAUCGAAUAUAUAUGCCUUGAAUCUCAAACUUACUAUUGGCAUUUCCUAAAUAUUAUAUAAAGUCAUAAUCUAUCACUUGCCAUUUAUCAUUUCUUUCUUUUAUAUAUUAAACAUCGAAAUUAUAUGCCUUGAAUCUUAAACUUCCUAUUCUCAUUUCUUAAAUAUUAUAUAAAAGUCAUAAUCUAUCACUUGCC